CAGUCAGCCAGUGUAUAUCACAAAGCAUUAGACGGUUCCUCUAGCGCCAUCAGACAUCUGGAUUCUCCACCGUCACCCGUACAAACCCGCACAAGGGAAUGAUAGACUCUGCUACACACAGCACUCCUAUGCCCUCCCUCUCUGGAGCCCAUUUUUCCUGGACGGACUUAUUCUAUAGCGACCUGUAUCCGGUGUACAGAGAGCCGCCACCAGAUGUGCCUUCUCAAUGGACCUCCGUCCUCCCAGAACAUUGGAGCAAGGACCACGUGUGCGAGUGGCUUCAGUACUGCUGUGACAACUACAAGUUGGAUGCCACCUGCAUCCCCUUCUCCCGAUUCGAUGUGACGGGCCACCAGCUCUGCAGUAUGACCAAGGAGGACUUCACCGAGGCGGCGGGGGCCUGCGGGCAUUACCUCUACAGCCUCCUGCAGGAUAUUCGCACACAUGGAACUCCACUUCUUUCCUGUACUGAAGAAUUGCCUCCUCCACACCACGCGGAAUGUGAAGAUAAGACCCACAUAAAGCCAGAAGCAGUGAAGAAACACAAAACACCCAAACGCAACCGGGCAGGUUUACACAGUUCUCACCUGUGGGAAUUCCUCCGCGACCUUCUCUUGUCACCCGAGGACAAUCAUGGCACCUUGGACUGGGAGGACCAGGAGCAGGGCAUCUUCCGGGUGGUGAAGUCUGAAGCUCUGGCGCAGUUGUGGGGUCAGAGGAAGCGCAACAACAGGAUGAAUUAUGAAAAGCUCAGCCGGGCUAUGAGGCACUACUACAAGACGGGCAUCCUGGAACGGGUGGACAGGAGGCUGGUGUACAAGUUCGGCAAGAAUGCCUAUGGUUGGCACUGACAUCGAGUGCUCAGAACAAUGGCCGCUAUGGCACGAAGAUGUAGAUUCCAUGAAUCAAAUUCCCACUCUUCCCAGGGAGAAGGGUGAACUUAGUCAUUCCACCAGUAUUAUAUUAACUUUCAGGCUCAAGAUUUUCGAGUUCAGUAAACCCGGGCAGUGAUAAUAAUAAUUUGUAUAUAUGCAGUUAUUUCCCUCCCCCCGAGAACUCAAAGCGGUGGAUAGAGCCAUUCAAACACAGUGCUGUAAUAUGUAUGGGCUCUUGAUUUCCACAGUCUUGAAUUUUUUCCAGGAACAGAGCCCUCCAUGAAAUAAAGUUGGGAGUGAUUUUCAAAACAUAAUUGUCGCAAUGUUGGAGCCCAGAGUAGGAAGAUCCGGGCACCUCAUGAGUUCAGAUGGAUUCUGGGAAUUCCUGGAUUUCUUCUGUUUAAAGAAUAGAUUUCUGCAUAGUCAACAUAGGCGACUUAGGAUGGCAAGGAGGCGGGGCUGGACUGGGACAGAAAUUUGGCCCUGGACUUCAUCCAGACUGGCCCACUUUGACAGGUCUCUCCCAUGGUGGCCGACAACUCCAAUAGUUUUAUUACCGCAGGUCCUGUGUGGGCAUUUUUGUUAAUGGCCUAGUAUUAUGCAUACUUACAUUUUACACCCUCUGGACUAGGGUGACCACAUUUCCAAACUACCAUUCAGGGACACCCUCCCUUCCCAAAAAUCAGCUUGUGCUGUAA